CCUAGCGUCAAAAAGAUAUUAAACAAAAUCAUAAACCUCUAGCAUGAAAUGAUGAAGAAGGAACAAUCGAGCCGUCGAGACAGUCGUUGAUUUAGUGGCAGCUACGGAUAGCCGUAGGGAGUAUCUCCGUUUUGCUCCAUCCUAUCAAUCCCUAAUCCCGAACGCAGUGUUUUGUUAUUGCCGCUAUCUUUGAUUUUGGUUCCGAGCUUCGAAAUGCUGGGUGGGUUAUACGGUGACCUACCUCCACCUUCUUCCGCCGAAGAAGACAAACCCACCACCAAUGUCUGGUCCAGCAGCACCAAAAUGGCCCCCGCCACUCUCCGUAAGCCCUCCUCUAUUUUCACUCCUCCUCAUACUCUUCUCAGAUCCCAAAACAAACCUAAAAUCUCCAAUUCCAAAACGAUUCUGUCCACGGCACCGGCGAUACUCGCUCCGGCGGUAGACGAGGUGGUGCAACCGGCUCUGGUAGGUGUGCAGUCGACGGUGUUGGAAGAGUAUGAUCCAGCAAGGCCUAAUGAUUACGAAGAGUAUCGGAGGGAGAAGAAGAGGAAGGCUAGGGAGGCGGAGAUGAUGAGGGAGCUAGAGAGACGGCGUGAGGAGGAGGAAGAGAGGGAGAGAGAGAGGGAAAGAGAGAGAAAAAAAGAAAGAGAAAGAGAUAGGGAUAGGGAUCAGGGUGAUUCGAGAUUGAAUAUUUCAGGGGAAGAAGCAUGGAGGAGGCGUGUGGGGAUGAGUGCUGGUGGAAGUGGAGGGGCGGUGCCGAGGUCGCCGUCACCGCCGGGUAAUGUGGAUGGAUUUACUAUUGGAAAGUCGGAGACGGGAGGGUUGGGGGUUGGUGCUGGUGGGCAGAUGACUGCUGCUCAGAGGAUGAUGGCGAAGAUGGGGUGGAAAGAAGGGCAGGGGCUUGGGAAGCAAGAGCAAGGGAUUACUACUCCUUUGAUGGCUAAGAAAACGGAUAGACGAGCCGGGGUUAUUGUCAAUGCUAGUGAUAGUAAGUCUGAUAAGAAAGUCAAGAGUGUUAACAUCAAUGGGGUUCCUACCAGAGUGAUGCUACUUAGAAAUAUGGUGGGGCCUGGUGAGGUAGAUGAUGAGCUGGAAGAUGAGGUAGGAUCAGAAUGCGCAAAGUAUGGAACAGUAACCCGAGUUCUGAUAUUUGAGAUAACAGAGCCAAAUUUCCCAACUGACGAAGCAGUAAGAAUCUUUGUGCAGUUCGAGAGAUCUGAAGAAACAACUAAAGCGCUUGUUGACCUUGAUGGUCGAUACUUUGGAGGUAGAAUAGUGCGUGCCACAUUUUAUGAUGAGGAUAAGUUUAGCAAGAAUGAGUUAGCUCCUAUGCCUGGAGAAAUUCCUGGAUUCACCUAGAAGAACAGAAAGUGCCUAUGAUUUUCGUCAAGUUGUUCUUAGUGAUUACAUUUAAGACUUGAAAUUGGAGUUUAAUAUUUCAUUACAUGAUGUUUAAGCUUUUGAUUAAGUUCCAAUCUUGGUCUAAAUGUGUCUGUAACUGUGACUAAUGGUUGUUGCUUAGGGAAUUAUUGUGAUGUCCACACUGAAAAUUCCUUACUUGCACUAAUGUAGCCACUGUACAUUGUUGAACAUGAACGUUUCUUAAUAUUACGAUCA